AACGAAUCCAAGCACCGUCCGAAGUCCAACCUUCGAUACUACCGAAGCCUUUCAUCGAACACACGGACGUCGUUAUAAAGAACCCACUUGUUCUCACACUUUCGUUCACUCACGCUCUUUGUGCCCUCCGCUAUUCCCUAAUUCCUAGCUCCGAUCUUAGAUCUCUCCCUCGCCGUCUCUCUUCAAUGGCAUCCUUCACUGCAACCUCCAUCUCCAUGACCUCCCUUUCCACCCCUUUCAAGCAGUCUCGGGUCCCUGCCAGGAUCGCAAGCCCUAACUCGGUGUCCCUUUCAAUUAGAGGGAGAACUUUCCCAUCCAUCACAUUGCAGCCCAGAGUACCUCGGUUUCAAGUUGCAUGUGCUGCCAAACUGGAGACAGUGAAGAAGGUGUGCGACAUAGUCAAGAAACAAUUGGCUCUGCCAGAUGGAUCUGAUGUCACUGGGGAGUCCAAAUUUUCUGCACUUGGAGCUGAUUCUCUUGACACGGUUGAAAUUGUGAUGGGACUUGAGGAGGAAUUUGGAAUUAGCGUGGAAGAAGAGAGUGCACAGAGCAUUACCACCGUUCAAGAAGCGGCUGAUAUGAUUGAAAAUCUUCUGGAAAGGAAGAGUACUUGAAAUAGAGGGCGCACAUGAUGGUCAUCCUGGGAAUUUUUUAUUAACUUUUUUUUUUUGGAUUAUUUUGGUCAAAGUGGUCAUAAAGUCCGAAAUUUAUAUUCAUAUUUCAGUUUGAUUUUUAUCUAGCAACUGCUACAUCUCUUAUAAACAAUGCUAGGUCGCGGCUGUGUUUCUCUUUUUAUCUUGGUAGAACUGAAGUUAUUUCUUCUGUUGAAAAAAGAUGAUUUGUUGGGAGUUCGUUUACGUUAUAAAGUGUUCGGGAACCACCCUCCCACGGCAUA